GUAAUCUCCGAAUUGUUUAUUGUCUCGUCGAAUCGUUCAGUAAUAACAUAAAAGCACUUUGUGAAAAUGACAGUCAAACAGCGCGUUGCAUUGUUAUUCGUUUUAAUAAAUUUAAUUGUUUGCCGUGCCCAACAUGAAUUAAAAUCAAAUUCGAGAACACCAAUCCGAAAGCUGACCAAACUUAUAAAACUGAAUGGUACCGAGGAUUAUCAAUUCCAUCACAAAUGCGGAAACUUGCCACCGACUUUACUGACGGACGUGUUAGGUGCAGCAUUCAAUUCACGAUACAUGAGCAUAGACGAGCCAAAAUAUUGGGAAGAUGAUAUCGACAAUCAUCAGCCGAAUUCUUUUUCAACGAAAAGAAAUUCGGCAUUGGUCCAACCAUUCUAUGUGGAUGAUACGUACGCAUUAGAAAUAAGUGACAAACCUGCAUGGGAAGUUAAACAUGCAACCGAAGUGCAUUAUCGUGAGGAGCGAUCAAUUGAUUUUACCGAUGUGGGAUUGCAUCGUUCAAAACGAGAUGGUCGUCGAGGUAGCCGAAAUGUGCGAAACGAGCGUCCAUGGAAUUGUGAAGCUAAAAUCAAGUGGAUUGAUUUGGGUCCAGACUACUUUCCCCGAUUUCUACGUAGUGUAGAGUGUACGAAAAAGAAGUGCUGGUACAAUAAUUACGUUUGCAAGCCGCGAUCGUUUACGGUAAAACUACUGCGGCGACGAAAUGGUGAAUGUGUUCAGAUCAACCAGUUAAAUCGAAUAACAAAUCAUGAAUUGCCGGGAGACUUGAAGGAACUGUGGGUAUGGGAGGAACGAGCUGUGAAUUUUUGUUGUGAUUGUGCAUUUCCAUAAUGUUGUUUUCGCGUGUGAAACAUAAAACCAUAUUUUUGCUGUCAUUAAGUGCAAGACUGUUGUUAGAGCUACCGUGGAAAUUCUUCUCAACAAAGAUCAACAAUCCAUUUUGUUUUUGUUUUCGAAAAAAUGAAUUGUAGAAUUCAGCUGUUGGAAUUGGAAAUGAUUAAAUGAGGUGGUUCAUCUCUCGAAAAAU